CAGCCCGACCCCGCGCUCACAGCUCGGAGCCGGCGCUCCUGCCCCGCGCUCCCCGAGAGGAGGCCGGCGUGCGCCCCGCAGCCGGGAAGAUGAUGAUGAUGUCCCUGAACAGCAAGCAGGCGUUCAGCAUGCCGCACGCCGGCAGCCUGCACGUGGAGCCCAAGUACUCGGCCCUGCACAGCGCCUCGCCCGGCUCCUCGGCGCCCGCCGCGCCGGCCGCCAGCUCCCCCAGCAGCUCCAGCUCCGCGGCCGGCGGGGGCGCGGGCGGCGGCGGCCGGAGCAGCGGUUCCGGCGGAGGCGGAGGCGGAGGCGGCGGGGGCUCCGAGGCGAUGCGGAGAGCGUGUCUUCCCACCCCACCGAGCAAUAUAUUCGGCGGGCUGGAUGAGAGUCUGCUGGCCCGCGCCGAGGCUCUGGCGGCCGUGGACAUUGUCUCCCAGACCAAGAGCCACCACCACCACCCGCCCCACCAUAGCCCCUUCAAGCCGGACGCCACCUAUCACACCAUGAACACCAUUCCCUGCACGUCGGCGGCCUCUUCGUCGACCGUGCCCAUCUCGCACCCAUCGGCGCUGGCCGGGACGCACCACCACCACCACCACCACCAUCAUCACCAGCCGCACCAGGCGCUGGAGGGGGAGCUGCUGGAGCACCUGAGCCCCGGGCUGGCCCUGGGCGCCAUGGCUGGCCCCGACGGCGCUGUGGUGUCCACCCCCGCGCACGCACCCCACAUGGCCAGCAUGAACCCCAUGCACCAGGCGGCGCUCAGCAUGGCCCACGCGCACGGGCUGCCGGCGCACAUGGGCUGCAUGAGCGAUGUGGACGCCGACCCCCGGGACCUGGAGGCGUUCGCCGAGCGCUUCAAGCAGCGGCGCAUCAAGCUGGGGGUGACCCAGGCCGACGUGGGCUCGGCGCUGGCCAACCUCAAGAUCCCCGGCGUGGGCUCGCUUAGCCAGAGCACCAUCUGCAGGUUCGAGUCGCUCACGCUGUCCCACAACAACAUGAUCGCGCUCAAGCCCAUCCUGCAGGCGUGGCUGGAGGAGGCCGAGAAGUCGCACCGGGAGAAGCUCACGAAGCCGGAGCUCUUCAACGGCGCUGAGAAGAAGCGCAAGCGCACCUCCAUCGCCGCGCCCGAGAAGCGCUCCCUGGAGGCCUACUUCGCCAUCCAGCCCCGGCCCUCCUCCGAGAAGAUCGCCGCCAUCGCGGAGAAGCUGGACCUCAAGAAAAACGUGGUGCGCGUCUGGUUCUGCAACCAGAGGCAGAAACAGAAAAGAAUGAAAUACUCCGCCGGCAUUUAG